UGCUGAUCUGCUGUGAAGGAAGAGCUGGUAGGGGACAGGAAAUACACACAUUACAAGGAAGGGGAGGGUUACAACUACUUGUAACCCUCAGCCAGCCUAAUGAGAGUCAUUGUGAGCCCAGCACAAGGAUGGAGACGAGCCGCAGGCAGUUGCUUGAUAGUUCUGGAGAGCUUACACAGAGUGCAGACCUUGAUUGCCUCCUAGAUGCCCCUCUUUUACCCAAUCAGAAACUCGAGGCUGACAUCCGACGUAUAUUUAUCCCAAUCCGCACUGUCUGCGUGAGCAUUGUUCUGCUACUGGUGCAGGUUGCCUUCGUAACUUUGACUCUUGUCUCUGGUUAUUUUUGCUUGCUUCACGGUGAAGAUGAUAAAUGCAUGCAAUACACAAAACCCUUUGAACUGAAUACAAUUGUCAUCAUCUGUAAAGUCACACUAUGGUUGCUGCACCUGGUCUUUGAGCGAUUUCUCCAGUACCAUCACAUGAAAGCGAAGGGCCGGGGAUAUCUUGAACUAUACCGAUCCACAAACACUCUAACGAUAAUUCCACUAACGAUAAACUCUACAGGCAAUGCGGCUGUCCUCCUGAUUAUCUCUUCCAAGGAUUUCUUGAAUGACAACAACCUCUAUCUCUACCUUAUCUGGAGUGUGCUGAUCCUGGAGCUGAUCCUGACUGUGAUAUUCCUGCUAAUGUAUACAGUGCAUAUAUGCAAGUUUAAUAGAAGGAAACUUGAUGCAGAUAUUAUUGAGCAACAAAGGAAACAUGAUUGUGCACCCGACCCCUUACCAGGGAUUGGAUUCAGGUACCAAACAGAUUUAGAAGAAGUGAUUGAAAAACAAGGUGAAGAAAUAGUUGCUCUUCAGCGUCAUAGUGAACAUGUUUGUAGGCUGCUACUCUCCGUGAUGGAAGAGCUACGCAUUGCACAGGCAUCACAGCAAUGAAUCAAAACAGACUGAGGAUUUUUUUUUCAGUGUCCUACUGAGUCUCAUGAAGUUGAUAUUCAAGAUCACAAAUGAUGGACUUAUUUUCUGCUGCUCUGGGUUUUACAGUUUAGUGACUUUCUUGCUGGUAAACAUAUCUCAUGCUUAUGUGAAUGGCAUGUAAUUCUGUAAAUGUACUUAAAUAAUUUUGUAUUGGUGGGUGUCAAAAAUAUUUCACAGUAUUAUUGUCAUCUUUCUGAACAAAUACAUAUUUUCAACUUAUAGAGCACACAAAACUGCUCUCUACACUGUGAAUAUUGAGAUGCAUUUGCUGUAUAGGUAAAGUGCAAACAUGUGACUGGAAAAAGGAAACUUUUAUUUCUGUACUUAUGGCUCAUUUCAGUACUGGCCCCAAUUUGCAGCAGUAUUCAAAGGCUGGGGAAGUUAGAUGUGGUUAUAGAAGUUUGUGGUCUGUCCAUAGUGCUGGAUGACCAAAUCUUCUGCUGAACAUGCUUCCCUCAGCUGGGAAUAGGUACUAAGGGACUGUCUUAUCUGCAAGGGUAUGACUAAGGGACUGUCUUAUCUGCAAGGGUAUGAACAGCUUACAGCCACUGUCCCUAAAAUAAAAUAAAAAAAAUUAUUUCUAAAAUUUAGUUUUUGCCAACCACUCCUGCCAGCCACACUGUCAAUUUGACUGACCCCCCAAAACAAAAACAAAAACAGCUGCCUAAAGACUCCUAAGAAGCAAACGAAUGGAAGAAUAUUUUGUCUGGUUCCUGGUUUCCACUGAGCCUAUUGGUUUCUGCCACUGACAGAGAUUACAGUGUUCUGGUUAUGCACAGCAGUGUGUUAUAAUGGGUUCCAGUGUGUCAGAAUGCGCUUUGCUGUGCAAAAGUGCAACAUGUCCUCCCUUUUUUUUUUCAGCGUGUUGAUGUGAACUGAUAACAUGAAAAAUCAAAUUGCCUUGUUCUUGCACUAGGACUGCACUGGGCAGUGUUGUCCCACCAGCUAAUGUGAAUGGGCCCUUAAAUUGUAUGUAAGCCAGAAGUUGUUUUGUAUACAGUAGAGAUGGGUUGCAAACCAGUCUCCACUGGGUAGGGUUACACCUCUUGGUUGUUAUAGUGACUGAAUACCACAUUUUUAAGCUCUUACUGGAUCAAGAGAUCUGGGUAAAUUUUAUAAGGACACUUGUGACAACUAUCUAAGAGGCUUAGACCUAUUAAAUUUGCAUAUUUCCUACCUGGCUGAUUUCUGUGGAAGCGGAGAAUCCCCUUAGCUGCUGCUUCUACAGGGAUCUUUGUUGUCUCUGGUUCUUAUGCUGAGCAGCUGUCCUGCUGCAUAGUAACCACAGGUGAUCGCUUGCUUGACACAGGUGUCAUUCGGAGGGCGCUUUGCAUUUUCUCAAAGCAUGGACAUGGUUUCUGGUUGAUUGGACAAGGUGGAGAGGUGGGAUGGGUGAGGUUAUAAUCUCCACUUUGACCAAUCAGAGAAUGCCUUAAAAAAUACAAAUUUAAGGCGUUCUAUAAAUGGCAGCCAUGCCAUGCAGGCGGCCUCAUGUGUUUUCAAUGUAGUAGGAAGGCCGAUCUUCACUGGACCCAGAAAACGUCAGAUCACUGUAGUAGCAGCAACUUAGUCUUUCUCUUCAUUCACAGAAAUGGGCAGUUAUGGCAUAUGCAUACUUGCAAUGGUCCAAAGAAAAAGAAAAAAACAUACCUGAAAUAAGGCUUCAGUACAGGAAGUAAAUAGGAAAUCUCCCCAAAUGAAAGACAGAGUAAACCAACUGGUGUUAACCCUACCAUACACUAUACAAAAAUAAAAUAAACAUUUGGGCUAUGCAUAUAUAGGUUUUGUGAAUAUUCUAAUUAGUCCAGACUAUAUCAGGUAUAAACUGUAAUAGAACUAUCCCAAGAAGCAUUAACUGUUUUAUGUUCUAGUUCUUUUAGUUUGUUUGCUGUAACCAAUUUACUUUUAUAAUUAUAUACUUACAUUCAUAAAAUUGUGAGCAUAUUGUUCCCUAGUUUCUUUUAAUUGGGUUUUUAGAUUUAUAUAUGUGUUUUUUGUGUAGUUGGACUAGUUGAGGUUGAUAAUCUUCCUCAAUAAAUGAAUACAGAUUUUUUUUUUUACGACUAACAGAUCUACUACUGCUAUACCAAGCAUGCACCACCUUGAGUGAAUUAGGAAUGCUAAGGCUGGUCACAAAAUUCAUGAGCAGCGCACUUGUUACUUAUGAAUGAAUGACCUGCAAUAAUAAUUAAUCAAAGAGCAUUUCCAGAAUGCUAGAAAUUCACUUGUGACUAUUCUUCAGCAAGUAUUUCAAUCUCUGUACUCCACAUUCCCCUUAUCAAGAGUGGUGAGUACAGCCAGGAAUCUACAGUCUACAAAUAAAAAAAGACCUUAUGUCUAUUUGACAAAUCUGAGCCUCAAUUCAAAUACCGCAGAUUAAAAAGAAAUGACUACAUCUCACUAUUGGCAGCGACUUAUCAAGUGCGGAAAAUCUUUGCAUAGUGGCUUAUCUACUGAGAAAGAAUGGUGCUGCUCUGUUGCGUUGUGUUUGACUGCAUGCUAACCAUUCAAGUGUUGACCUUUUUAAUCUUCUAUAGAAAAACUGAAGCCACCGUGUGUAUUUAUUGCUUUCAAUUAAUUGGAUAGAUUUCUAAAAUCUGUCUCUUGCCUAUGCCAGUCUGCAAAUUUCAGCCUUCAUUUUCUUAUCUACACUGAAAUUAUAACAUAAACCCCUUUCUCCGGGGCAACAACUCCCUCGUAUCACUCAAAUAUGCCAUUUUAUUUACAUGUAAGAUGUCACCCACACCGGUAUUAUUUCAGGCGCCCAUAGAUGGCCCAGUAAUGUUUUAAGGGUAUCUUUUGAUUAUUCUGGCAAAAACAUUUGGGUUUCAAAUGAGAAUUCAAAAAAGGUAUACAAUCAUGGAUUUGUUUUUUAGUCCUCCACAAAAUGUGGCUAUCCUCUCCAAAUUCCCGCGCCUGCUAAUAACCUCCCUUUUACCUAUCUAACGGUCAUCUUGAUGUAUAAUCCAAGUGUGGACGGCUACACAAACUGCAUGUUUAAACCUGAUGUCGGGGAGAUACAGCAGUAGCAGACUUCUUUUCUUUUUGAAAAAAGAACUUUAUUGCUGCUAGUGAAGUGUUUCUCUUUUACUACUAUGGAUAAACAAAUCCAUAGUCUUCUAGAGUUCUAUCCCAGAGUAAACUGUCUAUUUGAAAUAAGAUGAUGAAUAAUAAAAUGCAUUAGUUGCACAUUUUGUACAUUUGGUUUAUCCUUUAUACAAUACUUAAAUGUACAAACAUAAUAAAUAAAUUGCCUAGAAAAUGUG